CUUGGUGCGCGCCACCGCCCCUCGGCCCAGCUAGCUGGCCUUCCCUACCUAAGCCCUUGGCUGGUUCAGCCGGCCCCACCCCUUCUUCCCCUCCUGGCCCGGAGGCCUGGUGCGCGGUGCAGCGCUACGAUCGCGGCCUGGCUAUCGGGGCAAGGCGGUUUUGGCGCUGGAGGGUGGCACUCCAGACGCCGGGCGCGAGGCCAGAGCUGGCUCGACAGGGUGCGGGGGGGAGGGUCCGGAGGAGCCCCCAGAGGAGAGCAGGGGCAGGCAGGGGGUGCCAAGGCAAGUGAUACCCUGGAGCAGAAGGAGCAUCAUGGCUGUGUUUCUGGAAGCCAAGAAUGCCCAUGCAGUCCUGAAACGGUUCCCUCGUGCCAAUGAGUUCCUGGAGGAGCUGCGUCAGGGCACCAUCGAGCGGGAGUGCAUGGAAGAGAUCUGCAGCUAUGAAGAAGUCAAGGAAGUAUUUGAGAACAAAGAGAAAACGAUGGAGUUUUGGAAGGGAUACCCAAAUGCAGUCUACUCAGUCCGAGAUCCCUCGCAGAGCUCAGAUGCCAUGUAUGUGGUGGUGCCCCUUCUGGGGGUAGUCUUGCUGAUUGUCAUUGCCUUGUUUAUCAUCUGGAGGUGCCAGCUGCAGAAAGCAACUCGUCACCACGCCUCCUAUGCUCAGAACCGGUACCUAGCCAGUCGCGCCGGACACAACCUCCCCCGAGUCAUGGUUUACAGGGGCACUGUGCAUAGCCAGGGAGAGUCCUCUGGGCACCGUGAGGCAGGGAAUAACCCACAGAUAGUCCUGGGGCCCAGCCGGGGAGGCAGAACCACUGUCCGGCUGGAGAGCACCCUCUACCUCCCUGAGCUCUCUCUCUCCAGAUUGUCUAGUGCUACCCCUCCCCCCUCCUAUGAGGAGGUGACUGCACCCCAGGAGGGCAGUGGUGAAGAGGCCAGUGUCUCUUACAGUGACCCUCCUCCAAAGUAUGAAGAGAUUGUGGCAGCCAGCCCCAGUGCAGACAAAUAGCUAAGCACAGGCCCCAGCCUGGAUAAAAGCCUCUGCCAGAGGUAGCCUGCUUCCUUUUGGACUUCUGAAAGACUGUGCCACCACAAAACAGCCUUAGCUUCUUUGUUGCCAAAUAAUUCCCUAACCAUGAAUUUGUAGAAAGUCAGUUGGUAGAGAUAGUUGGUGUGUGUGACCUCAAGUGUGUGUGUGUGUGUGUGUGUGUGUGUGUCGGGGUGGGGAGCAUAUAGGGCAAGUAUAUGAUCCCCCUGGGAAGAGCUACAGACUUGAGAGCCCAGGUCUUCCAGACUGCCCCCCUCCUCCACCAGCAGUCCCCACUAUCCUGCCCUCUCAGUAGGGACUGGCUUCUUUUAUGCCAAAGGAACCAUCCCAUGGUGUUGAUUAUGGCUAGAAUGGCCACAGGCUCAUCCCCUGGGCCUGUAAGGCUUACUGGGGAUCUCUACAUGUCUGAGGACCUAGGACACAGAGGUGAGGGGGGUCAAGCCAGCCCUACAGUUCCUCCUUUCUAAACAGUUCCAUACUUACUGUUCUCACUUAUAUUAUGAGGACAUAAAUAAGGAUUGAACUAGGAACAAAACACAAGUAAUAAAUAACCGUAG